AUGGCUUCUUUGGGCAAAAAUGAUCAAACCAAAGAUGGGAUAUCUUCCAAGCAGAUCGAACAUGCUGACUUGCAAGAAACUGUUCCCUUUUCUCAUCAGGAGGAGAAAGCGCUAGUGAGAAAGAUCGAUCUCGCUUUACUCCCAGUAAUAUGGUUUAUGUACCUUCUCUCUUAUAUGGACCGCACGAAUAUCGGAAAUGCGAAGAUUUCGGGAAUGGAGACCGAUUUGAACCUCACCUCCAACCAAUACUCCACUGCUCUGGUGGUCUUUUUUGUGGGAUACGUUGUAUUUGAAGUUCCCAGCAAUCUUAUUUUGAGUCGUUCUCGUCCAUCCAUCUUUCUCCCGACGAUUAUGAUCAUCUGGGGUGCGUUGACCUGUAUUAUGGGUGCUAUCCAAGAUUUCAAGCAUCUGGUAGUUUUAAGAGUGAUAAUCGGAUGUGUUGAAGCAGGGUUUGCACCGGGCGUGCUUCUUGUUCUUUCAUCGUGGUACAAACAAACCGAGCAAUCCAGACGAUUUGGAGUUUACAUCUCUGCAGCGAUUUUGUCUGGUGCAUUCGGAGGAUUACUAGCCGCUGUGAUUGUUAAGAGUCUCGAGGGGGUGCAUGGGAUUCGUGGAUGGCGAUGGCUUUUCAUUGUCGAAGGCGCCGCAACUAUUGGAAUUGCGUUGAUCGCUUUGUUCAUUCUCCCUGACUUUCCUGCAAAUUCAAGACGUCUCUCAGAGCGUGAAAAAGAAGUUGCGGUGGCACGAUUAGCAACCGAGAAUGUCACGGCUCUCACGGAAGAUAGUGAACAAAUGACCCAUUGGCAAGCUGUUGUCGUGUCACUCCAAGACUGGCGUACAUGGAUGUUUAUUGUGGGAUAUAUGGUCAUUGUUGGCUCUGGCACUCUGUCCUACUUUUAUCCAACUUUGGUCAAGGGACUUUUCGGGAACGCAUCGACAGAGAGAAUCAAUUUCCUCACAAUUCCCAUAUAUGCUGUGGCAUUUGUCUGCACUGGAAUCACUGCAUAUUUCAGUGACAAAAUCCCUGACUGGCGAGGGUUGGUAAUUGCGGCCUGGCUGAGCUUUUCGCUAGCGUGUUCCAUUGCGGUUUGUGUUGUCUAUGACUACACGGCUCGUUACGUGCUUCUUGUACUUAUGGCCGCAGGCUUGUGGGCUAGUAAUGGAGGUACAUUAGCAUAUGCUUCGUCGGCCUUUGCUGGAAUGAAUCCAGAGGCUCGAGGUGUGAGUUUGGCAUUGGUCAACGCGCUGGGAAACCUGGCCCAAAUUUAUGGAUCAUAUCUAUUUCCCGAGGAUGAUAGCCCCAAAUACAUCAUGGGCUUUGGUGUGAUAUCCGCAAUGUUAGCGUUGGGAGUGGUUGUUUUUAUCUUUUUGCAUGUCUGGUUUCGUCGAGCCUCAAUGGCAGAUGAAGCAUUUGAGAGAGGAGAAAGGGAUCAAUGA